AUGGCGUCACUGCCCCCGGGGAGGCUGCCCAUUUCUUGUAGGUCUGUGGCCUGUGAGAAGCAAAAUUCUCUGAUGGCCUUCCAGGGGGCACCCCAGCUAGCCAGGGGUUGGCUUAUUGCCGGGGCAUCCCUGAGAGGCGUUGGUGGCCUUGCCCUCUCCAUCGCUGUGAAGACCAUCAGCCCUACACACUUCCGCUUGCAGAGCUGCCUGGGCACACUCAGGUGCUCCAAGGACCAGCCUGCUGGGAAUGGGGUGGCUGGACCAGGGCGCUUCUGGUACAGCUGUGUCAUCAGCAAACUGAUCCUGUCCUACUUUGGCCAGUGGAAGUUCAACCUUGCCUCCCUGCCUCAGGGCUCAAAUCACUGCCUGUUCAGGAAGCUGUUGCAGACCCCCUUAGCCCAACGACAGUGUCUGCUGGGUUCGGAGGGUGUUCGUGAAGCCUUUGUGUCUCGAGGGCCGUCAGAGCACUGUGUGAAUUUCUCUGCUCCUCCUAAAAGCCUGCCUGCUGAGUGGGUGCAUUUAUUUUCUGUCUUAUCACAUCAGUACAAGCGUACUUUUGACAAGUGGGUGGUGUGCUUGCAGCAGAUGCUGGUCCCUUGGAACAUCCUGUUUGCCUGCAGCAAAAGCAGAGUCUCCACUGAGUGCCUGCUGUUUGGGGCGGAAUUCCGAAGGUUCUCUCUGGACCGUCAUAAGCCUGGGAAGUUUGAAGAUUUCUACAAGCUGGUUGUGCACACCCACCAUAUCUCCAACAGUGAUGUAACUAUUGGCUACGCAGAUGUGCACGGAGACCUGCUGCCCAUCAACAAUGACGACAACUUCUGCAAGGCGGUUUCCAGUGCAAACCCCCUGCUCAGGGUCUUCAUCCAGAAACGAGAUGACGGAGGCCUGCAACCAGGAACCUGACUCUUCAGCUCAAAUCUUGGUUCGAAAGGGGGACUUCUCUGUGCCCCCGUUGUCGGCAUGCUAUGGUAGUGAAUGGACGGCCCACCCAUUCUCAGGGGCCCCUCGUGAGACCCCGGCCAUCUCAUUCCAUGGGAGCCACAUCAGGAGGAAGGAGGGCUGGGAGGGGACGUCUGGCUGCGUGGCGUGGGGCCUGCAGUGUUGUGGCACACACAGCUUCAGCCAAACGUCUGGCCCUGUACCUAGAACUAAGAAAUAAAACUAUAAUAUCAGAUUUAAA